AUGUCGAAGUCAUUUCCAAUGAGUGAUAUGGAUGUUGAGGUUGGGCAGAUUUCUAUGCAAGUUGUAGCUGAUGAGGUUCUGAGCCUGGUUCUAUGUGAUUGCUCUUCGUCUCUUUACCUGAGGCUUGUUGAAGGAUUUGAGAGAUUCCAACUCAACUAUGCAACACGAGUCUUAGUUCUAUCUUUUUUCUCCAAAAAUCAAAAUGAGAAGCUUUGGAAAUUUGGGUCAAUGGCUCUACUUGCAUUUGCUUUGGUAAUUUACUUUGUAGCCAGCACUGUUGUUGCUGAUUACUCUUAUGACUACACUUCUCAUUCACCAUCUCCAUACUACAAGAAACCGGAAAAACAUGUUGAACAUUCUCCAUCGUAUCACUAUUACAAGUCGCACGCUCCUUCAAAACAUUACAACAAGGCACCUGCUGUAGCAAAGUAUUACGAGUCACAUGCUCCUUCAAAGCACUAUUACAAGUCGCCUGUGGUAGCAAAGUAUUACAAGUCACAUGCUCCUUCGAAGCACUACUACAAGUCACCUAUUGUAGUGAAGUAUUACAAAUCACAUGCUCCUUCGAAACAUCACUACAAGGCACCGGUGGUAGUGAAGUAUUACAAGUCACCAGCUCCUUCAAAGAAGUACUACAAAUCACCAACUCCUUCAAGGUACUAUUACAAGUUACCAUCACCUACAAAAUACUACAAAUCGUCAUCGCCAGUAAAGUACUAUAAGUCGCCUACUCCAUCGACGCAUUAUUACUACAAGUCACCAUCUGUAACGACCCGCUAG